AUGAGGUGGAUUAUAUCCGUGGCUCUUCUGCUCCUCAGCGCAGUCGAUGAUUCUGCGCUGACGUCGGCGCAACCUGCUCCGUCGCCUCCAAGAGAAGAAGGGGGCAGGUUUCGCUUCAAAAUACCUGACGAUCUACAAGAAACAAAAACACCAACGGAAAGGUUCAUGAGCAAUAGUGGAAAGCGUCUUGAGGUAGCUCUCGGUAAAUCAUUUUCGGAACUUGCAUUUUCGGAAGAGCAGGGAAGGCGUUUCCGCCCGCUAUACAAUUUUGAUAAUCCUGGCAAACUUCGUUUCGACGAUACUACGACGACAAGGAAGGAUGACAUUAUUAAUAUCAUACCCGUACCCCGUUCUGGCGACGCAAAAUCGCCAAAGGAAAAUAUCACUACCAAUAAUGAUGCGGCCGAUGCUGAUCAAACUCCGUCACUUCCGAAGGAGGAUGUUGAGAUCGUUGAACCCGUCGUCGAGGAUGUUGAGGAGACUAUCCCUGAAGCUGAGGAUGUUGAGGAGAUCGUUGAACCCGUCGUCGAGGAUGUUGAGGAGACUAUCCCUGAAGCUGAGGAGGUUGAGGAGAUCGUUGAACCCGUCGUCGAGGAUGUUGAGGAGACUAUCCCUGAAGCUGAGGAUGUUGAGGAGAUCGUUGAACCCGUCGUCGAGGAUGUUGAGGAGACUAUCCCUGAAGCUGAGGAUGUUGAGGAGAUCGUUGAACCCGUCGUCGAGGAUGUUGAGGAGACUAUCCCUGAAGCUGAGGAGGUUGAGGAGAUCGUUGAACCCGUCGUCGAGGAUGUUGAGGAGACUAUCCCUGAAGCUGAGGAUGUUGAGGAGAUCGUUGAACCCGUCGUCGAGGAUGUUGAGGAGACUAUCCCUGAAGCUGAGGGGGUUGAGGAGAUCGUUGAACCCGUCGUCGAGGAUGUUGAAGACACUACCCCUGAGCCGGAAGAGGUUGAGGAGAUCGUUGAGCCUGUCGUCGAGGAUGUUGAGCAGACUAUCCCUGAAGCUGAGGAUGUUGAGGAGAUCGUUGAACCCGUCGUCGAGGAUGUUGAGGAGACUAUCCCUGAAGCUGAGGAGAUUGAGGAGAUCGUUGAACCCGUCGUCGAGGAUGUUGAGGAGACUAUCCCUGAAGCUGAGGAGGUUGAGGAGAUCGUUGAGCCUGUCGUCGAGGAUGUUGAGGAGACCAUCCCUGAAGCUGAGGAUGUUGAGGAGAUCGUUGAGCCUGUCGUCGAGGAUGUUGAGGAGACUAUCCCUGAGCCGGAAGAGGUUGAGGAGAUCGUUGAGCCUGUCGUCGAGGAUGUAGAGGAGACUAUCCCUGAGCCGGAAGAGGUUGAGGAGAUCGUUGAACCCGUCGUCGAGGAUGUUGAGGAGACCAUCCCUGAAGCUGAGGAUGUUGAGGAGAUCGUUGAGCCUGUCGUCGAGGAUGUUGAGGAGAUCGUUGAACCCGUCGUCGAAGAUGUUGAGGAGACUAUCCCUGCGCCGGAAGAGGUUGAGGAGAUCGUUGAGCCUGUCGUCGAGGUUGUGGAGACCACGCCACAAACAAGCGUGACUGAUGUCGACAGCGAAAUUCCUCCGGCGACCAGAAAACCAUGUAAACGUUCUCAGAAGGCAAUGUUCAAUUUCGAAUUCACUCCCAUCGUAAAGUUUGGAUCUGAAGCGAGUCCAUCCGGGUCGGGUCGGGAGAAGCUGAAGAUUCGCGUUUGUAGAGCACCGCCUCGAUGCGCCACGCAACCACCAACGGAAGAGUCAUCCGAGCAUGAUGGUACCGCUGAUGUAGAGGGUAACAUGGAUCUAACACCGUCAGCACCUGAAGAGGAAGGUGAGAGCACUGAGUCCGGCGUCCAAGGCGAUGUGAAUGAGAAUGAAGUGUCAGCUGUCGGCGAGGAGACUGCCCAGGUCGACAGCGAAGCGAUUGGAGACGAUGUUGCGGAAGAUGCUGACGCCGCUGAGGAGACUGCCCAGGUCGACAGCGAAGCGAUUGGAGACGAUGUUGCGGAAGAUGCUGACGCCGCUGAGGAGACUGCCCGGGUCGACAGCGAAGAGAUUGGAGACGAUGUUGCGGAAGGUAGUGCUACCGGUGAGGAGACUGCCCAGGUCGACAGCGAAGAGAUUGGAGACGAUGUUGCGGAAGGUAGUGCUACCGGUGAGGUUGUCGACGUUGACGGCGAGGCGGCUGACGGAACGGCAGUGUCUGAUGCCGGCAAAGAGAAUGUGAAUAUCAAUAUUAGAGGCAGCGGUGAUGUUGAGGUCAAUGUCAAGAAAUCAGGAGGCCUUCGCCAAUUUUUUGCAAAUCUCUUCUGCUGGGGUUCCAGCAAAACGCAACCGAAGGACGAAAAAGUCGUUGAGCCUGUAAUCAAACCAGCGGAGAGUGAUGUAACUGAGGCAGAGAAGCACGAUGAGGAUGAGGAUGAAGCCGAAGGUGAAGAGAAGGAGUCCGAAGAAGAUGAAGAGAAGGAGUCCGAAGCAGAGGCUGAGGCAGAGACAGAGGCUGAGACAGAGGCUGAAGCAGAGGCAGAGGCUGAAGCAGAGGCUGAGGCUGAAGCUGAGGCAGAGGCUGAAGCUGAGGCUGUCGAAUGUGAAGAAAACAAGGUCGAGGACGACGCAAAUGAGUCCGUCGAGGACGAUGCACAAGAAGAAGUUAAGGGUGAAGAGUAA